AUGCAGACUACUCGAAUGAAAUAUAUUACUAUGUCAUAUAUUAACAAAACCAAUUCUGGAUAUGGUACAUUAUGCUUACACUAUAUGGUAUCAAUGGUUCGUGCUGCGAAGCAGAACUGGUUUAUUUUAGUACUAGCGUGUGUCACUUCCGUGCUUGUCUUGCGUCAUCUAGCUGCCAUUUCUGACUUGCAAUUAUCACGAAUGCUGCUAAAUGGAGAUGAACCAGAAACGGUCGUCGGAACCGAUAUUGAUGGAGAGAAAACACAAGAGGGAGGGGGUAUGGUUGAAGAUAACAAGCCUAACGAAACAGUAUUUGACAUGGACAAUCGAGAGCCAGCAUUCAAACUUGUAACCAGGACGGGCGACAAGCCACCGAUAGAUAGUGAUCGGGCAUAUGGAAAAAUACUCGAUGAAUUGCAUUUGCAAGAAACUUGUCAACAAGAUCCAUCAACCGUUGUCAUCGAUGUUGGUGCUGGUCUCGGUACAUUUGGUCUUUAUGCAGCGGCGUGCGGUUGUACUGUUUAUAUGUUUGAAGCUCAACCGGAUUUAGUUAAACUCAUUCGCUCGUCUAUCCGCCAGAAUUCAUUUACAUCGCCACCCGUGAAUGUAACUCAGAGAGCUGUCAUGGAUUUAGCAAGCGAUACAACGAUUGAUUUUGCACCUCCGGAAGGUGCUGGAGGUGACACCGAAAGCGUUUCGGUAGAAACUAUUCGAUUAGACGACAUUUCAUGGCCAUCACAAUCUAUCUAUGUACUCAAAAUAGAUGCAGCUGGAACGGAAUUGAAUGUUCUUCGUUCGGCCAAAAAUCUCUUUGCUCAAAGACGUAUUCGACACUUAUUUUUCGAAUAUACUCCUUGGCUAGGGAACCAAGAAUCUCAGAAGAAUCUCUUAUCGUAUGUAAGAAGAGAUUUAAAAGCAAGAUUUAUGUACAAUCUUUAUCGAACGGAGGAGAUUUUCUAUGGGCCUUUGGUACCGAUGCAUUUUCCGACAUUACACGAUCGGGUCUCACAAUCUCGGACUGAAGCAGACAUUUAUGUACUUCUGGAUGGUCGAGCAACAAAAUCGUCGAUCAACUCUCAACCAUUCCCUAUGAACAAUCGCUAG